AGAAAAGAUUGGGGAGUCAUCUAUUAAAAAUAGAUAAAAUGGAAACGAAAGCUCAAUUUUUAUUUUCGGAUAGAAUCAAAUUAUUGCAGCAAUUGGGACCUGAGCCAGGGAGAGAGGAAAUCCAGAAGAUGGCUGCGAUGUACAAGGUACCAGAGGGGAAACUGCAGAAGUGGGUCAAUCAGUAUGACAAAUAUGUGUUACCGUAGAGGAAAGAGAUAAUGGAUUCUGAUGAUGAUUAAAUAAACAAAUUAAUAUAAGAACAACGGUAGUUGUGUUAAGAGUUGUCGGCUUUGACUGAAUAAAUUAAUGAAAUUCAUAAAAAGAAAUUAUUUUAUUAUUAAUGA